AUGGCUCCCCGCGUUCCCUCGUCCAAGCUGACGCUCUCGUGUCCCCUCUUCGCCGCCGACUUCGACCCGCGCAAUCCGGGCUUCCUCCUGGUUGCUGGCGGAGGCGGCGAAGGGCGCAGUGGGGUGGGUAAUAAAAUUGCCCUCCUCAACACCUCCAAACGCAACGAAAUCUCCGAAAUUGUCGACAUCGAAUUGUCGCGCGAUGAAGACUCGGUGACCUCGCUGGCCGUGGCGCAUGCAGCCGACGACUCUCUCGUCGCCCUGGCCGGCAUCAACAGCUCCGUCGCCGAACAGAAGCGCGGCAACAACCAGCACCUGCGAUCGUUUAAGAUCGACUAUCCUCCUCGGAAAUCGGCCCUGGCCGAGUCCCCGGAGAGAAAAAAAAAGAAAAAGAAGUCUCCCGCGCGGGAAAAGCCUACCGGGACGACGACGCCUCUCUCUCGCGAGUCCCUCUUCCGAACUACCAAGUCUGGCAGCACCGGCGACACCUACCAGCGGAUAACACGGCUGUCUCCGUGGAAGGGGAGCGAGUCGCCCCGGGUCGCGGCGAUCGCGACGGGCCUCGCGCCGUCGGGCGAGAUCGUCUUCUUCGACGCCUCGUCUUCGACCCCCGCCUCCGCGGACGUGAUCGGGCGCAUCCGUCUGGACAACGACGAGGAGGCUGAGGACGUGGAUAUCAUCGAGUCGGAGGACCAACCGGGCCGGUUCCAGGUCGCCUACACUAACGGGCGCGACGUGUCCCUCUGCCGCAUCUCCUCCACCACCCGGUCGAACGCCGCUCCCGAUGUGCAGACCGUGUACACGAUCCCUCGCCCCGAAGGAGCCGCCGCCCGCAGCAGGCCCAAGUUCCGCGCUCUGCGCUUCCUGUCGCCGACUGCGCUGCUGCUGCUCCAGAACUCCCCCGACCGCACCGGCUGCGAGCUCAUCCUGCUCGACCUGGGACCAGCCGCGACCCCGAACAAUAAGGACCCCAAGUCCCCCACCGCGGCAGCCACCAUCGUCCGACGCAAGAAGCUCCGCAGCACGAUGAAGAUCGGCCUAGGCAUGGACGUCUGCACCCUCGGCAAAGACCUCGACAACCGGCAGCAGACGAUCGUCGCCGUAACAGGCAGCGACCAGUCAAUUGAAGUCAUCACGCUCGAGUCAGACCCUCGCAGCUGGCGCCGAACCAGCGGGUUCGACAAGUUCCGCGUCUACACCACCCUCCGCGACGUGCACCCCUUCUCCGUGACAAAAACCUGCUUCUCGCACUUCACGCCGCCCGCCCACCCCGUCACCCCCGAGACGCCCCCCCAGUCCGUCAAGCUGGCCUCCGUCAGCAUGGGCAACACCGUCGUCGUGCACACCUUCCCGCUGGCCCCCGUCCCAGCAUCCAGCCGCACCCCGCGCUACGUGCUCUCCAUCCCCGGCGAGUCCAGCGUCUGGUCCAGCUUCGCAGGCGCCUCCACCGCCCUCCUCUCCAUCCUCAUCGUCUGCUUCCUCGUCCAGGCCUUUGGCGAGAUCCGUGGCGCCCUGCCUCCUCAUCUAGGCGUCGCGGACUAUCUCCCGCCGGAUAUUUACGACGCUGUCGUCAUCCCUUACAAGACUUAUUCGUCGACAUCGCUGCGACCCCGUUCAGAGGACUCAUCAUCUUCAUCAUCUCCUUCUUCUCCCCCACCAGCAAUCCCAACCCUAAACCUCAACUCCUCCUCUUCCUCCUCCCCCCUCCAAAACAUCAUCCUCCAAGCCCGCCAGCACCAACACCAACAAGACACAACCCAAGACCAAGGUCAAACCAAACCCCUCCUCUCCAUAACAUGCAACCCCGAAACCAACAACCUCCUCAUCGACCUCCUCUACCUCGUCCCCACCAGAAGCCCCCACGACCAAAUCAAGCACCUCUGGUCCGACCUCUCCGGCCAAGACCAAGCCGUCUGGAAAAAGCAACUGGUUGACGGGGGGCUUUUGUCGUCGUCGUCUUCUCCUUCAACAGAAGCAGAAAGUAAAGACAAUGAUGAGAAUGAGAACCUGGAUGCCUUGUUGCAGGGUGAUGUGCUCUUUGGGGAGGUCUGCGCGGCGGAGGCGCGGGUUUGA